AUGAGCCAGAUCUUUUAAUAAAUUGUUUGAAAAGACUCACAAACGUUCCGGUUUUAAUUGGUCAUUCACUGAACUGUCAAAUUGGGCUUCGUAAGAUUUCAAUUUAAUUUUUCAAUUUUUUUUUUUUAUAUAAAGAAGUCUCAUGCUCACCAAGGCUGCAUUUUUUUAAUUAAAAAAUACAGUAAAAACUAAUAUUGUGAAAUAUUAUGAUCAUUAAAAAGAACUGUUUUCCAUUUUAAUAUGUUUUAAGUUAUAAUUCAUUCCUGUGAUCAAAGCUGAAUUUUCAGCAUCAUUACUCCAGUCUUCAGUGUCACUUGAUCCUUCAGAAAUCCUUCUAAUAUCAGAAGAAAAUUUCUGAAGAAAUUUCUCAUUAUUAUCAAUGUUGAAAACAGAUAAUUUUGUGGAAACCCUGACUCGGGAUUCUUUGAUGAAUAGAAAUUGAAUCAUUAAUAGAGCAAGUCUUAUUUAGAAAAUAACAAAAAAAGAAUGAAUGUAAAUUAGUUUAAAGGAUAGAUUUGACAUGGAAGGGGAGAUCUCUGAAAUUAAUUUGUCCUUUACUGCUCAAAAGUAUUCAAUGAUACGUUAGUCUUAAUUUGAGGUUUAUGAACAUGAUUUAUUAGCCUUUUUCUUCGGUAGCUCUUCCACAUGUGACGAGAAGUGCUGUUUUAAUCGUUGCUGUGGACUUAAAUUACACUUUUAGGUCACUUCUGGCUAUUUAUCUCUGAGUUUGUGUGUGAUGGUUCUUGAAAACAUUGUGUCUUGAGUCAUGCUUGGUUUCAGACGAAACUUUGCAUGUCCCUGCACUGAAUGUCCCUGUGUCUGUUUCGUACUUGAAUGUCAGUCUGAGCUGGUUUCUGUGUGUACCGCAACUGUUCAAGAGAAGUCCCCUUCUGUGAUCCGACACUGUGUUUAAGCUGUGUAUAUCUGCAGUGAAUGUGUAUCGGUGAGACUGUCUCUGGCCCUCAGGGUGACAGCAGUGUUUUGGAAGCUCAGCCAGGUGUAUGUAUGUCCAAAUGGCACGUAGGCGGGGCUUUGACUAGGUGCUCUCAUUUCCCUGGCAAAUACUGUCACCAGUUCCCUUUUCUUGUCACACAGCUUCUGGAGAUAAUAUAGCAGAAAUGGAAUGUGUCAGAGUCACCAUGGUUCUGCUGAUAUGCUUCUUAUUUCUCAUCGUUGCUGGAACAGACUCUGAAUACAUUUCACUGCGGUCCACACAGCAUGGGAAAAUUGGCGACUCUAUGCUGCUCAGAGUAGAGACUCAUUUUGAUGUUCAGGAUGUAACGUUCCAGGGGACCUGGUGUAAAACUAAGCCUAUUUACACUCAUUUGGUCACUUUCACCGAGACCAGAGACAUCCCAAAUCUGCGCCUAAAGAACAAUCCAAUGCUUAUUUUGCCUAAUGGUUCACUAUAUUUUGAGCAUCUGGAAGAGGACACACAGGGGGAAUACGAGCUGCAGCUCAACAUCAUCUUCCCAGGAAGCUCCGAUAUAGUGAAUGUCACUAAAACAGUGACAAUCACAGUCAGCGUGCCUGUGUCCAUCCCCAUAAUUAGUAAGACCCCUGACUCAGAAAUCGUGGAAGACAGGGACAAUGUGACGCUGACUUGCUCUGUUGAACAUGGGACAAAUGUUCAGUUCAAAUGGCUAAAGAACAACAUGUUGAUUGGUCCAAGUGACCGGCAUACAUUCUCACAAGAUAAUAGAACGCUUUUUAUAAACCCUGUCAAGAAAGAAGACAUCGGUCAAUACAUUUGUGAGGCCCAAAACUACAUUAGCAAAAUCCAAAGCAAACAGGCUGAUCUCAGUGUGUUCUACGGGCCUUAUAACCUGGCAGUAAAUUCUGACCAAGGUCUGAAAAUUGGAGGCGUGUUCACAGUGAACCCAGGUGACCUGGUCUUUUUUGAGUGUAUUGCGGACUCGAACCCUCCCAACACCUGCGUCUGGAUCUCUACAACAAAGAACGGCACAGAGGUUCUCAAGACUGGACCACGGUUUGAAGUGAAGCCUUAUGAGUUACCCCAGGGUAAAGAGUUCUUGUGUAGAGCAUUCAACAGUGUGACGAAGAAGCAUGACGAGACCAAGUUCACACUGGUGGUGGCCAGUCUCGGCACAGGAAAAGCAAAAUACAUCCAGGAAGGGAGUGUGCUGUCUCCAUUGACUUUUAUUACAGUCUUCUCAGCCAUCAUCAUAGUGUGUAUGAUGUUUGUGCUCCUAAGGAAGAGCUGCCAUCCAAAAAGAAUGAUAAAGACUAUCUACAGGCGGCCUAUGACAGAGCAGAGAGGACUGCACCGCUCCGGUCAUGAAGAUGCAGCUGAAGACUUUGGCAUCUAUGAAUUUGUCUCUGUACCUGGGAAAAUGGAUUCAACACAGGCAUCCUGCAGGUCUUUGGCACGGCUCGAUUCAGUCAGAGAUUUGCAUACCACCAUCUAUGAUGUCAUCAGACAUGUGCCUGAAACUCCAACACUGAGUCUAUUGAAAUGAGAGAGGUGGAGAGUAACGUGUGUUCAGAUGUAAAGAUGAAAAGCAUUUUACUAUUUUUUUCCUUGCCAUUUUUUUUUUCUCAGUCACACAUUUAAACACUUCUUUUGCUUUACAGUUAAUCAUUUUUAUACUUCCUUUUUAUACUUCCAAAAGUCUGAAAAUCAUACAUUUAUAAACUUGUGCUGGGCACUGAAGUUUUUGUUGUCUUAAAAAAUAUAUAUAAGAAAGAGAACUAUGAGAUUUUAUUCUGUAGCGACAUGCUUAAUGAAAAACUAAGAGUAUUUAUAUAUAAAUACAGUCGCUAUCUAACGUUGUUGUUUUUUGAAUGUAAAUAUGAUGUAUGCAUUUUGUACGUUUGAAACUAUUUUUUUGCACACUGCAGUGUAUUCUGUGAUAUUGCUCAUUACAUUUAAAGAUGCCACAUUUCAUGUUUUCGAAUGUAAAACAGACAUCUUCUGUAUGAUUUGUUCUCUAUGUGUUGCACCUGUUCACAUUUUAAACACAGAUGGAUGCUUUGUAAUUUGAAAAUAAAAGUUUUUAGAAA